GGCUCUGCGUGGGGAGGGGGCUCGCUUCCGCCGGACGACGGAAGCGGCCCUCCGGCCCUACCAGUGGGCCAUGGAGACGGUGGCACAGUAGCGACCUAGGUGUAAGGAUUGCAGGGGCGGCGGCCAUGGAGGCCGUACUGAACGAGCUGGUGUCUGUGGACGACCUGCUGAAGUUUGAAAAGAAAUUUCAGUCUGAGAAGGCAGGAGGCUCCGUGUCCAAGAGCACGCAGUUUGAGUACGCCUGGUGCCUGGUGCGAAGCAAGUACAAUGAUGACAUCCGCAAAGGCAUCGCACUACUGGAGGAGCUGCUGCCCAACGGGAGCAAAGAGGAGCAGCGGGAUUAUGUUUUCUACCUGGCUGUGGGGAACUACCGGCUCAAGGAAUAUGAGAAGGCACUAAAGUAUGUGCGGGGGCUGCUGCAGACAGAGCCCCAGAACAACCAGGCCAAGGAACUGGAGCAGCUUAUUGACAAGGCCAUGAAGAAAGACGGACUAGUGGGCAUGGCCAUUGUUGGAGGGAUGGCCCUGGGCGUGGCGGGCCUGGCUGGACUCAUCGGACUUGCUGUAUCCAAGUCCAAAUCCUAAAGGAGACCGCGCCUCCGCCUCUGCCCAGGGAUGCCUGAGAGCCUGUGGAGGACGUUCGAAGCGGGGGUGGGGGGGUGGCCGUCCAUCCUUUCCGUCCCUUCCCCUGUACCCCAUCACUGCCCUCCGCCUUCGGCCUCCUCUCCCCAGAGACCUGUCCAAUAGCCCCAAACCACGUGCUCCGGGACGAGUGUAAAUAAAACUGGGCUUUGGCUCGGAA